AUGAACGUCCUCAAGAUCCAGCGGAAGUUCCCGCAAUUCCAACAGAACGAGAUCUUCGAGCUCUCCAACGCAUUCAACAAACUCGACGUAGACGACAAGGGCUACCUCGAUGAGGCGACCGCGAUCAAGGCCACACAGCAAAGCGAGCGCCAGCCGUAUGAUGUUGUCAGACAAGCCUUGAAGGAGGUCGAACUCGACUCCUCCAGACGAGUCGAACUUGAAGACUAUGUAUCGCUCAUCUCCAAGCUACGGGACUCGUCGCCUGCGCAAAAGCGACUCUCCUCGGGGCCCGUGCCAGCCUCGCCAUCGUCUGGGAUUGUAGCCCAGCGGACGGGCGGCCAUGCUUCCAAGGGGAGCGUGAGCGGGAAGAUCCAGGUCCAGGGCUCGAAUGCUAACAUCACCCACACCAUCAACGAGGAUGAGCGCACAGAGUUCACCCGUCACAUCAAUGCCGUCCUUGCCGGCGAUCCCGAUCUCGGCAACCGCCUGCCCUUCCCUACCGACACGUUUGAGAUGUUCGACGAUUGCAAAGACGGCCUCGUGCUGGCCAAGCUGAUCAACGACAGUGUCCCUGAUACCAUUGACGAGCGUGUACUCAACAUGCCCGGCAGAAAGAUCAAGACUCUGAACGCUUUCCACAUGACCGAAAACAACAAUAUCGUCAUUGAGUCGGCAAGAGGUAUUGGCUGCUCGGUUGUCAACAUUGGCGCUGGGGAUAUCAUUGAGGUCCGAGAGCACUUGAUUUUGGGUCUCAUCUGGCAGAUCAUCCGCCGCGGUCUGCUUGGAAAGAUCGAUAUCAAGCUCCACCCCGAGCUGUAUCGCCUCCUUGAGGAGGACGAAACCCUGGAGCAGUUCCUGCGGCUCCCCCCUGAGCAGAUCCUUUUGCGUUGGUUCAACUACCACCUUAAGGCCGCGAAUUGGCCGAGGAGGGUGACCAACUUUUCCAGCGACGUCAAGGACGGCGAGAACUACACUGUCCUUCUUGCCCAGAUUGGCCAUGAAUACGGAUGCGAUCGUAGCCCCCUUCAGACCCGAGAUCUCCUUCAGCGUGCCGAACAGGUACUUCAGAAUGCCGAGAAGCUCGACUGCCGCAAAUUCCUCACCCCAACCUCCCUUGUCGCCGGUAACCCCAAGCUCAACCUCGCUUUUGUUGCCAACCUCUUCAACAACCACCCGUGCCUAGACCCCAUCACCGAGGAGGAGAAGCUCGAGGUCGAAGACUUCGAUGCCGAGGGCGAACGAGAGGCCCGUGUCUUUACCCUGUGGCUCAACAGCUUGGAUGUCCAGCCUGCGGUACAGUCCUUCUUUGACGAUCUCAGGGACGGCACGAUCCUGCUACAGGCUUAUGACAAGGUUAUCAAGGGCUCUGUCAACUGGCGCCACGUCAACAAAGCUCCUGCAAACGGCAGCGAGCUGAUGAGGUUCAAGGCUGUAGAGAACACCAACUAUGCCAUUGAGCUUGGCAAGCAGAACGGCUUCUCCCUCGUCGGCGUUCAGGGAGCCGACAUCACUGACGGCCAAAAGACUCUCACUCUUGGCUUGGUCUGGCAAUUGAUGCGCAGAGACAUCACCCUAACCCUGUCGGCGCUGGCGCAACGGCUCGGAAAGCGGGAGGUCACCGACGCCGAGAUGGUCAAAUGGGCCAACGAAAUGUCUCGCAAGGGUGGCCGCAACUCAUCCAUUCGGUCGUUCAAGGACCCCGCCAUUGGCACCGGUGUCUUCCUACUGGACGUGCUGAACGGCAUGAAGAGCAGCUACGUCGACUACGAUCUCGUCAACUCCGGGCGCACCGACGACGAGGCCUACCUCAACGCCAAGCUGAGCAUCAGCAUCGCGCGAAAGAUGGGCGCCACCAUCUGGCUGGUGCCCGAGGAUAUUUGCCAGGUUCGCUCCCGUUUGGUGACCACCUUCAUUGGUAAGAUUGAAAUCCUCCUCGAUGGCGAGAUUGCGGCAUAA